UUAGGGUUAGGGUUAGGGUUAGGGUUAGGGUUUAGGGAGCGGGAAUUGCGAGCGCGAGCGAGGAAGAAGCCACGAUGCAGAUCUUCGUGAAAACCCUAACGGGGAAGACGAUCACCCUUGAGGUGGAGAGCAGCGACACCAUCGACAACGUCAAGGCCAAGAUUCAGGACAAGGAAGGGAUUCCGCCGGAUCAGCAGCGGCUUAUCUUCGCCGGGAAGCAGCUCGAGGAUGGGAGGACCCUCGCCGAUUACAACAUCCAGAAGGAGUCAACAUUGCACUUGGUGCUGAGGCUGAGGGGUGGUAUCAUUGAGCCCUCUUUGAUGGCUCUUGCUAGGAAGUACAACCAGGACAAGAUGAUCUGCAGAAAGUGCUAUGCUCGUCUUCAUCCUAGGGCAGUGAACUGUCGCAAGAAGAAAUGUGGUCACAGCAAUCAGCUGAGGCCAAAGAAGAAGAUCAAGUAAAUUUCUCAGUUGUUUGCUUCCUGUGUUAUGGUACUACUCUAUCUGAAUGCUGAACAUGUGGUUUGGUAUUUUCUUGUACUUCCAUAUCACUGGUUUUAGUUUUGUUGGCUAAACAGACUAUAUCAUUUUGGCAGUGCUAUAUUUUAGUCCUCACUGAAGUAGACUUUUCAUCUUUUAUAUUUUCCGCAAAUGAAAACUUUUCCUGGAAAUUAGUUUUUCAAGAUUUGUCUUUCUCAUAUAGUAUGAAUUCAUGUUCACCAUGCA